AUGAAAUCAGAAAUCCAGACAUCUCAUAGAGCGUUCAGAGGUUUCAGCUCGUCAUUGGUGAAGCAAAAGUCAGGCUUGAUCUUGAAGUCUCUUUAAGGCUGAUAAGAAGCUCGGAGUCAACAAAGCAGUUAAUUUGGAGAUGAAAAUCAGUCAGGGUAAGGCAACUGAAUGGGGGCUCAUCAAAAAUCAACAAACCGACCUCUCACCGUCAAAUAAAAUUAACGUGACUUCAACUAAAGAUCCGGUGAGGACACCACCAAAG